CGGGAGCAGCAGCGCUCGCCCGCGCUCCGCCGCCGGGGCCGGCGCGGAGCGGAGAUGGUGCCGCUGCUGCGGAGCGCCGGCGGCUCCCACCGGUGGCUGCCCGUCGUUUUCCUCGGCCUUUGCUGGUUCCUGCCUCCCGGGAGAUUGGCCGCGCCGGGCGGAGACUUCCCGGGCUCUGCCGUGGACAAUCUGGUGGUCAGGAAAGGGGACACGGCCGUGCUGAGGUGUUACCUGGAGGAUGGAGUCUCCAAAGGGGCCUGGCUGAACCGCUCCAGCAUCAUCUUCGCGGGCAACGACAAGUGGUCCGUGGAUCCGCGCGUGUCCAUCGCCACGUCCAACCGCCGCGAGUACAGCCUGCAGAUCCAGGACGUGGACGUGACGGACGACGGCCCCUACACCUGCUCUGUGCAGACCCAGCACACGCCCAGGACCAUGCAGGUGCACCUCACCGUGCAAGUCUCUCCCAAGAUAUUCCGGAUCUCCAGCGACAUCGUGGUCAACGAGGGCAGCAACGUCACCCUGGUGUGCCUGGCCACGGGGAAACCUGAGCCCUCCAUCUCCUGGAGACACAUCUCUCCCUCCGCCAAGCCCUUCGAGAGCGGGCAGUACCUGGACAUCUAUGGAAUUACCAGAGACCAGGCUGGGGAGUACGAGUGCAGUGCAGAAAAUGACGUCUCAGUCCCAGACGUGAAGAAAGUAAAAGUCACAGUAAACUUUGUCCCCACAAUUCAGGAACUUAAAUCCAGCGGUGUGAUGCUUGGAGGGAACGGCCUGAUCCGGUGCGAAGGUGCAGGAGUGCCUGCCCCGGUCUUUGAGUGGUACAGAGGAGAGAGGAAACUGAUCAAUGGUCAACAAGGAAUCACUAUUAAAAAUUAUAGUACAAGAUCCCUUCUUACUGUUACCAAUGUGACAGAAGAGCACUUUGGCAACUAUACUUGUGUCGCUGCCAACAAGCUAGGGACGACCAAUGCCAGCCUGCCUCUCAACCCUCCCAGCACAGCCCAGUACGGCAUCACCGGGCACGCCGAGGUGCUCUUCUCCUGCUGGUCCCUGGUGCUGACGCUGUCCUCCCUCAGCAGCAUAUUCUACCUGAAGAACAUCCUUCUGCACUAAAUGUAAAGACCCAUAAAAGGCUUUUAAGGAUUCUCUGAAAGUGCUGAUGACUGGAUCCAAUCUGGUAGAGUUGGUUAAAAGCGGCGUGGGAUAUAAUCAGUGCUUACAUGGGGAUGAUCGCCUUCUGUAGAAUUGCUCAUUAUGUAAAUACUUUAAUUCGACUCCUUUUUUUUGAUUAGCUGCAUUACCUUGUGGAGCAGUACACAUUGUCCUUUUUUAAGACGUGAGAACUCUGAAAUUACUUUUAGAGGAUAUUAAUUGUGAUUUCAUGUUUGUAAUCGACAAGUUUUCAGAAGCAUUCAGUCAUGGUCUGCUGAGUCGCAGACUGUAGUUUACAAAAAAAGGAUAUUGCAGUAAAAAUGUGCUUCUUUAAGGCUGCAAUACAAACAUUCAGCUCCCUUCUCAACUAGCAUUCUAUCCAAACUUACACAAAAAACAUUUGUUCUUUUUUGAGUAAAAAAAAAAAUCGAAUAAUAUUGCCUUCAAAAUAUUUCUUCAAAAUACUACACAUAUCUAGAUUUUCUUCUAGCAUGAUAUUCAGGUUUCAAGAAUGAGCCUUGUACUAUAACUGCGUUGCGCAGUACUGCUUUUGUUCUCUUCCCUCUUUCCUGCCAAUUCAGCAUGGUUGUGCCUUCAUGAAACACGACUUUCCUCUUCCUCUCCAACAGUCUGGAAUGUGUUCUGGGAAAUGCUGGAGCAUCCUUUUGAGCAUAAGAGAUCUCUUGGUGGGACAGAGGUGCCCCGGGCUCCCGGGAAAGGCUCCUGUGCCCUGCAGGGAGCUGCUCCAGGGCAGCACCAACUCCUCCCUGCCCCUCCCUCCACCAGCCCUGAGCAGUAGGUGACCUCUGUAAAAACGACAUUUCCCACUAGCAAACAGAACUCCAGUGACUUUGUGGCACCUUUUGAAUGUCGGAAUGUUCCCCUAAAGCCAAAUCCCCACCUGGCUGUGAAUGUCAGGAUCGUCCCUUUUGUAUUGCUGGCAAAGCCGACGUGAAUUGGUAUUUUUCUUGCACUCAAUUUUGUACUGGUUUGCCUGAUUUAGCAAUGAUAAAGGAUGCUUUGAACCAUGAGA